AUGGAGGAGUACGCGCAGGAGGCGGACCCCUCGCGCGAGAAGCGCGGGCCGGGCGCGCUCACGCUCUUCUCGCCCUCCAAGGUGAACGUGUUUCUGCGCAUCACACGCAAGCGCCCCGACGGCUAUCACGAGUUGGCCUCGCUCUUCCAUGCCAUCAGUCUUGGAGACACGCUCAAGUUCUCCUUCUCGCCCUCCAACACUCGCGACGCCCUCACCACCAACGCACCGGGCGUGCCACUCGACUCCUCCAACCUCGUCAUCAAGGCGCUAGACCUCUUCCGUCGCAAAACGGGAAUCCAAAAGUACUUCUGGGUGCAUCUGGACAAGAAGGUGCCCACCGGAGCAGGGCUGGGCGGCGGCAGCGGUAACGCAGCAACGGCGCUGUGGGCGGCGAACAGGAUGUGCGGCAACGUGGCGAGCGAGGCGGAUCUGCUGGAGUGGUCGGCGGACAUCGGGUCUGAUAUCUCCUUCUUCUUCUCCCAGGGCGCUGCUUACUGCACUGGCCGCGGGGAGAUAGUGGAGGACGUGACGCCCAUUCUGCCGCUCGACCUGCCCUUGGUGCUCAUGAAGCCUCCUGAAGCCUGCUCCACUGCUGACGUCUACAGGAAGUUUCGUCUGGACAGGGCGAGCAAGGAGGAUCCGGCAGUGCUGCUGGAGCGGGUGCGGCAGGAGGGCAUCACCCAGGCCACAUGCGUCAACGACCUCGAGCCACCGGCGUUUGAGGUGCUGCCGUCGCUCAAGUCGUUCAAGACCAGAGUGGCAGCAGCUGGUCGAGGCCGCUACUCUGCUGUCUUCAUGUCCGGCAGUGGGAGCACGAUAGUGGGAGUGGGGCACCCAGACCCGCCUGAGUUCAUCUAUGACGAUGAUGCCUACGCCAAUGUCUUCAUAUCAGGUGCUCUUUGCCGCAGGUGUGCUCUUUGCCCCAGGUGUAUGCUGCAAUCAACUGGUAUCAUGUCCUUUCUCAUGCCUCCAACCACAGUUGCAUACACUCUCUUUAUCACUCGUAUACCUCAUAGUGACCAAGCUCAUCCUCCUCUCUCCUCCCCACCCCCCCCACCCCUUUCUCCUCCCCACCCCCCCACCCCUUUCUCCUCCCACCCUCCCUCUCCCAACACCUCACCCCUCCCAACCCCUCCUCACCCCUCUCUCUCCAACCAGAGGCACGCUUUAUCCUGA